AUGGCCCCCAUCCGCCGCUACCUCCGCAUCACCAAAUUCUCCGUCCUCGAAGUCCGCAUCUACCUCCACAAACCCUCCGACGCGGGCUGGCUGCUCUCGUCUCGAGAUAAUGUGUUGCAGCGAAUCAUCGCGGAAGUGAGACCGAAGGUGUUGCCGAAAUUGAGAGAGGAGAAUGAGAACGCUAAGGGCAGGAAGGGAGGGGUGAGGAAGAAGAAGAAGGGGGGGAUUAAAGAUGUUGCUUCGCAGGAGGACUUUGAGGUGGCGAUUUUCUUGAAGGAGACGGCGACGAGGCAUUCGUUGUUGACGAAGCAGAAGAUUUUGGGAGAGGGGAAGCCGAGGUUGCAGUCUACUGGGAGUAAACUCACGGGAGGGCUGAAUGAUGCUGCGAAUCCGAUACAUGUCACCGACGAGCCGACUGCGGAUAUACGGCGGGAAGAAGAGGAUGAGGAUGUGGUGGAGUUGUAUAAGAUACCUGAAGUUGGAGGGAAGAGGAAGGCGGAUGCAGAAGAGGAUGGAGGUGCACAGGACAACGCAGAUGAGGACGAGGACGGACUAUUCGUGAGCUCGAGCGACGAGGACUUCUUCGCGACACAACGCGCCAAACCACCGACCAAAAAGCGAAGAAAACGUAACACAGACGCAGACGAGGAUAAGAACGAAGAGAAUGACGAGGCAAUCCCAGUGGACGAAGAAGAGCAAGACGACAAGAAGAAACUGAUGAUGGACACGACGUAUGAUGGCUUCAGUAUCUACGGCAGGAUUCUAUGUUUGAUUGUUACGAGGAAGGGAAAAAGGGAUAAGGGACCACAAGGGACGGGCACGGUGGGCGGAGGGAGCCAGAUGAUGGAGCAGUGGGUUAGUACGCAGGUUGCAGGGGAGAUGGGGAUUGAGGAUGAGGAGGGUUGA